AAGGAAGAACAACGAUAUAUCUCACCACAUUGGCUAUCACACAGAUGCACACAUGAGAGUAGAUUGGCAAGUCAAUGUGACUGUACUGUACAUGGGCUGCUGAUCCAUCAAUCCAUUCACAAGACCGCUGACCUAAGGAGAAAGGAUAGACAGCUCUUUGGAUUGGUUUCCAGUCACAGGAAUUGUGAAUGGGCGUUGAGUCGGAAUUGCUCGCUGACUGACGGCAUGAAAGUAUAAUUUCAACUUGUGUGAACCACUGCUAAUGGCCAGGCGGUGCUGAUGUAAGCAAAUUACAUGAAUUGAGGAAUUUCAUGCAUCUGCUGGCAAGACCCUUUCGGGGUAAUGAAGAGUCGCAACUGAUUGGAAAGAUGCUCAAAGGUUAUAACAAGAACAUUCGUCCUGUGGUUCAUCCUGAGGACAAAGUGGAGGUUCAAAUCAAGCUGACCCUCACCAACCUAAUCUCCCUGAAUGAAAAGGAAGAGACUCUUACAACCAAUGUCUGGAUUGAAAUCCAAUGGGUUGAUUAUCGUUUUGCGUGGAAUGCGUCCGAAUACCCUAGCAUUGAUAUCAUCCGCAUCCCCAGCAAAACUGUGUGGCUCCCUGAUAUUGUCCUUGAAAACAACAUCGACGGCAAGUUUGAUGUGGCUUACUACGCCAACGUAUUGAUUUCAAGUGACGGAUCGAUAUAUUGGCUUCCUCCCGCUAUCUAUCGCAGCACGUGUGCCAUAGAGAUCACCUACUUCCCUUUCGAUUAUCAAAAUUGUACACUAGCGUUCAGAUCACAGACAUACAGUGCCAAUGAAGUGGACCUAAUUUUAGCUGUCGGAGAAACAGGCGAAAGAAUUGAAUGGGUGGACAUCGACCCUGAGGCUUUCACUGAGAAUGGCGAGUGGGCCAUUGUCCAUCGUCCAGCCAGGAAGAUGAUAGACCAACGAUACUCCCCUGAUGAUUUGGAAUAUCAGGAGAUCAGUUUCAAUCUGGUCAUCCAGAGAAAGCCCCUUUUUUACGUGAUCAACAUCAUCCUGCCUUGCUCGCUCAUCUCGUCACUGGUCGUUUUAGCAUACUUCCUACCUGCACAAGCUGGAGGACAAAAGCUCACGGUCUCCAUCUCGGUCUUGCUCGCCCAGACUGUUUUUCUCUUUCUUAUUGCUCAAAAGGUCCCAGAGACAUCACUUUCUGUCCCCCUCAUUGGCAAGUACAUCAUCUUUGUUAUGUGCGUCACCACACUCAUCGCUACCAACCAAAUUGUGGUGUUGAACUUCUCCCUGCGUAGCCCCAACACUCACACCAUGUCUCAUCAAAUCAAGCAUAUGUUUUUGGAGACGGUGCCCCGCUUCCUUGGUAUGGCGUCUCUGCUGGAUGACAACGAGGUGACAUCAGAGGUAGAUGGCAUGAGAGAUCGAAGACGAGACUCCUUCGGCCUCAUGCAGAGAGCAGAGGAGUAUGUGCUCAAACAGCCUCGCAGUGAGAUGAUGUUUGACAAGCAAAAAGAGAAGCAUGGGCUGAUGCAAACGAACGAUGGCAUUGACGCCAACACGACAGCCAACCUGUACAAGAGUUUAGCUCAAGCUGCACCCGAGAUCAAGCAAUGUGUGGAUGCCUGCAAUUUCAUUGCAGAGACCACAAGACAACAAAAUAACAUCGGCUCUGAAAUUGAAAGCUGGGUACUGAUCGGGAAGAUGAUUGACAAGGUGUGUUUCUGGGCCGCCAUUCUUCUUUUCAUCAUCGGCACAGUGGGGAUCUUCCUAACGGGACAUUUCAACAGGGCGCCCGAAUGGCCAUUUCCUGGAGAGAACAAAAAAUAUGUCCCAGAGUAAAAUACAUUUUUAAAAAGAACAAUUAGAAUCUCCCGAGCCUGAGACUUCCCAACGGUUCAAAAAAUACUUGGGAGAGGAUGAUCGUAGUGAUAUGCACAUGGCUUCAAUUUACUGUGCACAACAUCAAAGAUGUAACAUCGCAUCACAGCACAGCCCCUGAGAUUCCAGGCAGACUUGCGACCUUGAUCUUCAUCUCGAUGGGAGUUGUUUAGACAGGCCAGGUCUCAUUAAAACAUUUUAAAUCAUUAUCAUCAUACAAAUCAUGCAGGUUUUACACGUAUACUGUGUUUGCGGUAUGAAUUAAAGCAAUACGUUCUUAAUGUUGUAUGAGGUGGUACAUGGUAAAGUUUAGUGGGGGGAGGGGUGCAUAGUUCUGUUUUUUUCUAGAUUGUAUCAUAAUGUUGCCCUUUUUGUGUGGGCCUUUAUUGACUCAACGCGUUACCACCAUCUCUGAAAAAGACUGAGUUUUUCUUUGCCGUACUAUGUCUUAUUUGAAGAACGUGGGUGUGAAUCUUGAGCCAGCCAAUUCAUGCAUUCAUUCAUUUCCCGAACCGCUUAAUCCUCACUAGGGUCGCGGGGGGUGCUGGAGCCUAUCCCAGCCAUCUUCGGGCAGUAAGCGGGGGACACCCUGAAACGGUUGCCAGCCAAUCGCAGGGCACACAGAGACGAACAACCAUGCGCACUCACACUCACACCUAGGGACAAUUUAGCAUUUUCAAUCAGCCUGCCAUGCAUGUUUUUGGAACAUGGGAGGAAACCGGAGUACCCGGAGAAAGCCCUCGCAGGCCCGGGGAGAACAUGCAAACUCCACACAGGGAGCCCGGAGCUGGAAUUGAACCCAGUACCUCUGCACUGUGAAGUCGACGUGCUAACCACUGGACUACCGGGUCACCCCCAGCCAAUUCAUUAAAGCCUUAUUGUUCUUAUGAUAACUUAUUUAUCAGGAUACCUUGUAGGAGGAAGAUUUACGCUGGGGAGCUAAUGCCUUGAUGUCAUUGUGCUGUGUUUUCUAAAUAAAUAAUUGAAUACAUGCA